GAGAGAGAGAGAGAGAGAGAGAGAGAGAGAGAGAGAGAGAGAGGAGAGAGACUGGCCCGUCCUUGAAUGCGGCUCUACUACUACAAUUUCACAGCGAAGAGGAGGAGAAGAGAGGAGAGGGGAUCCAGAGAAGGAAGGGAGAGAGAAAGGAGUUGGGGAUGUGAAAUGCGCCCGGGUCGCUGCUAUCAUCUGAAACACGGUGCUGCCUCCACGAUCGUAGCGAUCAGCAUCACCUCGCCUCCUGCGCAACAUCCUCAGCUCUGCAUCGGAGCUGCCCGGAGAGAAGAUUGUCCGCAUUUUAGCAAGUAACCCAGCUGGAUCCACAUGAUGGAGAGUGCGCUGUGUCUGCUGGUCCUCAGCUCUGUUGCCCUGAAGGUGGCUGUCCUCGGUGGAGACGUGUGUGUGUCAGGUCAUGACAGUGGGCCAGUGUUUAAAGAACAGCCAAGCAGUUUAAUCUACCCAGAGGGCCUGAGUGAAGGCAAGGUGACCCUCAACUGUCAGGCCAGAGCUAGUCCAGCUGCAUCCUACAGAUGGCUUGUAAAUGGCACAGAAGUCCCGCUGGGUUUAGACCUGCGCUACACGCUGGUGGCCGGGAGCCUGGUGAUCAGCAGCCCUGAGUCUGUUCGAGACACAGGCUCUUAUCAAUGUCUGGCCAUCAACCGCUGUGGCACCAUCAUCAGCCGAGCAGCGAAUCUCAAAUUUGGCUACCUCCAUGACUUCCCUCCAGACAGCAGGAGUCCUCAGACAGCAUAUGAAGGAAUAGGAACUUUCCUGGCCUGCCAGCCCCCUACACAUUACCCAGCUCUGUCCUAUCGCUGGUUAAUCAACGAAUUUCCCAACUUCAUCAAGAAGGACGAUGGACGCUGGUUUGUGUCGCAAGUAACAGGGAACUUGUACGUGGCUAAAGCAGAGCCAAACGACACCGGGAACUACUUCUGCUUCACCACCAUCAACAUGGACAUCAGCACCAAGAGCACCUUCAGCAAGGCUAACCAGCUCACUGUGCUGCCUGAAGCCAAUCCCAGGAAGUCAGCUCCGAGCAUCAAAGUGCGCUUCCCAGCAGAGACCUACGCCCUAGCAGGACACACCACUCAGUUAGAAUGCUUUGCCUAUGGAAAUCCAGUCCCAAACCUGCGAUGGAGGAAGGUGGACGGUUUGAUGCCGUCCAAGGCAGGCUCCAGUGCCGAGGGUCCCACCCUCAUCUUGCCAGAACUCUUGUUCGAUGACGAGGGUGUUUAUGAAUGUGAAGCCUACAACUCAGAAGGAAGUGAUAAAUACCAGGGACGCAUUAAUGUGCAAGCUCAGCCGGAGUGGUUGCAGGUGAUGAUCGACUCAGAGGUGGAGAUCAGUUCAGAGCUUUUCUGGAGUUGUAUUGCUGCUGGUAAACCACGACCCUCCAUUCGCUGGCUACGCAACGGACAGCCACUUAGCACACAGGACCGGGUAGAGGUGAACGGAGCUCGUCUUAAGAUCAGUAACCUGGCCCUGGAGGAUUCUGGGAUGUACCAAUGUGUGGCUGAAAACAAACAUGGCACCAUCUACUCCACUGCUGAGCUCAGAGUUCAAGUUCAGGCUCCAGACUUCAGGUUGAAUCCAGUAAGGAGACUGAUCCCAGCAGCCAGAGGGGGGCAGGUGACCAUUGAGUGUCGCCCUCGAGCUGCCCCGAAACCCAGCCUGUUCUGGAGCCGUGGGACAGAGCUGCUCAUCAACAGCAGCAGAGUCACAGUAACUCCAGACGGCAUCUUAUGGAUCCACAACAUCAGCAGGGCAGAUGAAGGAAAAUACACCUGCUUUGCUGAAAACUAUCUGGGCAAAGCCAACAGCACUGGACACCUUUCUGUCAGAGAUGCCACGAAGAUCCCGCUGGCUCCUUCCAACGCUGACAUCAAUCAAGGGGAGAAUGUGACGUUGCAGUGUCACGCCUCCCAUGACCCCACCAUGGACCUGACCUUCACCUGGGUCCUCAACGGCGUCCUGCUGGACCUGGAGAUCUCUGCCGGGCCGUACCACCGGGUGCAGGGGCAGAAGGAAAACAUUGGUGACCUGCUGAUUGUGAAUGCUCAGCUGAGUCAAGCAGGGAUGUACACGUGCACAGCUCAGACUGUGGUGGACAGCGCUUCAGCUUCAGCCAAACUAGUAGUUCGAGGACCUCCAGGACCUCCUGGAGGUUUACUUGUGAAGAAUGUCGCUGAGGCGUCAGUGGAGCUCAGGUGGAGUCGUGGCUACGAUAACCAUAGUCCCAUUGGCAAAUACGUCAUCAUGGGCCGGUCAUCACUCUCAUCCGAGUGGACGAAGAUGAGGACAGACCCGGUGAACAUCGAGGGGAACGCAGAGUCGGCUCGUGUGAUGGGACUAAUGGCCUGGAUGGAUUAUGAGUUCCAGGUCAUCGCCAGCAACAUCCUGGGCAACGGAGAGGCCAGCAUGCCGUCACACACCAUCCGCACACAGCAAGCAGCUCCCACAGUGGCCCCCAGUGGUCUUGGAGGGGGAGGAGGAGACCGCAGUGAACUCAUUGCUACCUGGACGCCCAUGGCCAGAGAGUACCAGAAUGGUGAUGGCUUUGGCUACAUCCUGGAAUUCAGGAAGAAAGACACACCAUCUUGGACAGUGGUGCGUAUUCCUCAUGUGGAGUCAUCCCGAUAUGUUUACUACAAUGACAGCGUGACGCCCUACAGUCCCUUUGAGGUGAAGAUCAAAGCUUAUAACCGCAGAGGAGAAGGUCCAAUUAGCCAGAUCGCUGUGGUCUAUUCUGCAGAGGAAGAGCCAACGGUGGGACCAUCAAACAUGAAUGCCACGGCUCUGACCGCCUUUGAGAUCCAGGUUUCCUGGGAGCCUGUCCAGCAGCUCAGCGCCAACGGCAUCCUCAAAGGAUAUGAGAUCCGGUACUGGCGGCAGCAUGAACGGGAAGCAGCAGCAGACCGAGUGCGGACAGCAGGACUGGAAACAACAGCCAGAGUGUCUGGACUGAGACCCAGCACUCGAUACCACGUCGCUGUUCUGGCGUACAACAGUGCCGGCACCGGGCCGCCCUCGCCACGCACCACCAUUACUACCAGGAAACCACCUCCUAAUCGUCGUCCGGGCAACGUGUCAUGGAAGACUGAUAGCUCAUCGGUAAUGCUGAGGUGGGAUCCUGUGAAGGCCAUGCACAAUGAGUCAGCUGUAAUGGGCUACAAAGUUCUGUACAAACAUGAGGGCCAGACAUCACUGAAGGUUCUGGACAAGGCGAAGACGUCAGUGAGCCUGCCGCUGCCAAAAGACAACGGUUACGUCGUGUUGGAGAUUCGGUCCUGGGGAGAGGGCGGGGACGGCCCAGCACACGAGAUUAUUGUGUCCCGGGACUCAGGAACUGGUAUGAUGGUGCAGAACGAGGCCUCGGACACACUGCUCAGCCACCCUCUCCACCUCCUCACUGGAAUGCUUCUACUCACUCUUGUGUCGUUGUCAGGCCUUUGAUCUUGGGACUUUUUGCUUUUAAUGAAACUAAAGCUGUCCCUAACUUAGCCUUUUGUUUUGGGUGGGGGUGGGUUCCGAUGGUCGAGGAAGGUUGGAGCACUGCAGGGAUUAUAUUGAUGGGAGAGCAAGGAGGGUUUUCAGUUAGAAUUUUUUUCAAUAAAAAAAAACAAAGAGGGUCUUUAAAAAGAAAAAAAAGUAGUCUGUAUGUGUUGAAAGGGUUGUGGGAGCAGAGCCACCCUGUGUGCUUUUCUGUGUGUGUACUGGUGUCAGUUAAACCAUGCCUUACGGGGACCAUCACAUCUGUGGUUGAAACGUCUCAUACACGUGUCCUCUAAACUGUAGCUGACGAGACACAGACUUUAGGUAUAAAGUAUUCAUUACUGCUGUGUAUAACUUGUGUACAUACAGUACAGUGUUACAUGUGGUGGGUGACUGAUAAGUCUCUGUAUUCUGACCGGUUGUGGGUGGUGUAAGGAGUUGUAAAGGUCUGCAUCUAAAAUAUUAAGAACAGCUCCUCACUGCUUGGUAUGAAGGAUACUGUCUUGAUUGUUGGUUCCCUGCAUCCUGAAAAGCCUCAAAAUUUAUGAAGCCGUAUUUUUUGGCCCUUUGACAAUGACAAAAAACUGUCCAGGAAAGGUUUUGAAAUUAAAAUUGGAUGGCUACAUAAACUUACUGUAGCCAGAUAGUAGUGUAUCACAUCCCCAUAUUAAAUCAGAUGUGCUGUCAAAAGACAAAAAUAAUUU